GUUCAACUGUCUUCCAACGUUUUUGUGAACACUUUGCCUACCGUUCGCAUCUGUUGUGCUCCGGUCGCGAUUUCGCGAUCCCAAAGCUCGGGAAAUGUCGACCGUCCAUGAACAAGUCCCAGUACGGGCACAGCAAUCCACGCUGCAACCCGGACCCGACACUCUACACCAUGAGGAACCUUUGCAAAUCCGGUCCACCAGUUCCAAUACCGCCAACGUCAUCCACAAGCACUCCCAGAAUUCCUUCGCCGCGUCCGUCCAAGAUUACUACAGCCUGAGCGAUUCCUCCAGCGCGGAUUACGCCGGGGAAGCAAUCCACCGUCCCGCGGGUCGCUCGCAGCAGACCAUCGUCCGGGUCGACACGCCGCCGGAGCUCUAUCGUACCCCGAUGCAAUCCGCGUUGAAUCUGUCCAAGCACGAGGAACUUCCACAGGACUCCGCCGAACAUGCCCAGUACGACGACUCCGAAACACAACCAUUCAGAAAGACACCCAUGCGAGGUCAAGGAAAAAGAAGGUCAAGUGGAGAGGAACAGCGACAGAUUCCCACUGCGAUCCCGACUUCACCGGGCGCCAACUCAAUUCGCCGAAAACCCGUGCCUGUCAGUCCUGUGAUGGAGCAGCGAGAGUCAAUGGGGACCAUCUCCGCUACGAACGCUCGCAGCUCUGUGGCGAGAGGAUUCGAAAACGAAAAAAGCCCGCCGACACCGCACAUGGAUGACACUCCAUACAUUCACUUUGCACUCGAUCAGUUGACUCGGGACGAGGAUGUCCGCGGCAGCCGGCGAUACAUGUCCGGAGCAGGAGACGAAGAUGGACAAUACCCGUACCUCACACCAUUACAGGUGCAGCAACAGUCAACACCGCUCACGCCUCAGCGACCUGCGCCAGUUCAGAAACAGCAGUCAUGGUCUUCGCAGCGUCGGCUCGCCUAUCAAGCACUCGCUCAAGAAGAACAGCAGGAACGGGAAGCAGAACAACAACUUUCGCAAGUAUCACAGCCCAGAACCCCCGCUAGGGAGAUUCAGCCGGUUCGAUCAGCAGAUCCGAUCAACCGCCCAUCAACAGCCAACCUUUUUGUACCAGUCGCUUCAAACAGUGACCAGCCUCUGAAAUUCAUUCCAGGCACUCUUCGCUCGUUUCAGCUGGGUGCAUUCAUCCUGACAGUCAUGGCAUACUUACUAUCCUUGGGAGUGACCGCAAUCUGGAGUCGCAUCAACACUGGUCUGACGCCAUACGGCUCGUUCGGCGAUGGCAAAUACUUCCUAUUCCGCUAUCUGCCGAUUAUGCUCGGAAUGAUUGUCCUACUUUGGCUGUUUCAGGUGCAGGUAGCACUUCACCGCAUUGCUCCGUUUAUCGCAAUGGCUUCUGACUCGCCUAACGCGCGAGCUGCUGGAGCCAGACUCCCUCUGCGACCGCGCGGUCUUCUCCUCCCAAGCUUGGUGCAUUUCAAGGCUGGUCAGCCCGUGGUCGGCGGUUUCAUGAUCGUCGCUUGGCUACAACUUUUCACCAUCCCGCUUUUGGCCAGCAGCUUAAAUGUGUACUUCCAAGGUGCACCGAGUACUGGCCGUUGGGUGUGGAUCGCCGUUCAAGGCGCCAUCUGGACCACCAUCGCCCUCUACCUCCUUCUGGUGGCGGCUCUGUUGACAUUGUUCGUUUGGCUCCUCCAACGCAAGUCGACUGGUCUGAAGUGGGAUGCUCGUACCCUCGCCGAUCUUAUUGUGCUCUUUGAGCGCAGCAACGCUCUCGAUGACACGUCAACGACCUCUGAUGUCCCACGACUCGGGCUCUGGCGCACGACCAACCGCAUGAACGAAAUCUUCCACACUUUCGGCAUUGCAAACGAGUCUCCUCGUAGUUAUGCUGUUGGUGAGGAUGGUCGCAUUCGUGAAAAGGUGCCAGCUAUGUCUUCUCCCGGCCAAUUGAGCAACAACCGCUACUCUGACCCUUACGACAACGACGUCGAAGCUCAACGACCUGUCUCCAUGGAUGCGAUUCUACCCAACUCGCAGAAACCUGCUGGCAGUGCCAUUCCCUGGUUCCUCAAGCCGGCUUUCGUUGUGCUGUGGCCAGUCAUCUCUAUCUUGCUGUGUCUCGCGUUCCUCAUCGUCAGCUACCUCCCCAGCACCAACAUUGUCCGCGGAUUCCUCCCCGAUGUCUCCUCGAUUGUCGGCCGGUUCGGUUUCAGCAGCGGCAAUUUUUUGUACAGCUUCCUGCCGGCUACCAUCGCUAUGAUUGUGUUGCUGCUCUGGAUCGACAUCGAUCUCGCGCACCGUCGCCUUCAGCCAUUUGCCAGCUUGACCGAGACUGGCGACGCCGAUAACUUGAAUGAGAAGGCGACCACCUCCCAGGACGGCGACAUCCCUGACCGCACUCUUCUCGCGAACUACACCGCCUCCCCAGUCUCAUCAACCCCCAUCCUCGCCCUGCUCAACGGCCACCUCCGCGUCGCACUCCUCUCCACCGUCACCCUUCUCGCCCUGGCGAUCCCCAUCCUCGCCGGCGGCUGCUUCUGGUCCCAAUUCUCCAUCCCCCAACAACGCGUGCUCAUCUACGUCCACCCGGCCGGCUACUACGCGCUGACCGUCUUCGUCGUCCUGCACGCCCUGGCCUACCUCGCCAUCUUCCCCGAAUCCUCCCUCCGCCGCGCCGACCGCCACCUCGGGCCCUUGGAAUCCUUCCACGACAUCCGCCGCCUGAUCGCCCGCUCCCAGAUCCUCGACGACCUCGCUUUCCACAGCCCCCGCGACCGCACCGACCUCAUCACCCGCCUCCUCUCUGGCCGUCCCGUCAUCUCCUCCCUUCAGCCCACCCAGAGCAAGGUCAGCCUCGCCGACAGCCUCCGUGGCUUCGUCCGGAUGCGCGCGGCGAACGGCGCGCCUCAACGGGAUCCCGUCACGGGUGUCCUCGUCGAUGCCGACCCGAGAUAUGCUUUUGGUCGGCAUGUCGCCCGCGAUGGCGGCGAGUGCUGGGGCAUCGACCGCGUGGGCCGCUGAGGCGAUUGAGGAUGUGGGUCCGCCUCCUUUUUUCGUAUUCUUCCGACGACUACCUUUUUCGUCUUUUUUUUUCCGGGAUUAGUUUUUUCGUGGAUUUUUGAUUCCCCAAAGUGUGAGCUUUUUUGGUUUUGGAUUUGCUCUCCUCACCCCCUCUCUCUCUCGGUGAUCGGGCAGAGAGAGGAGGCUUGUUUGUUGCGACACAUGAUUACGAUAUACAGCGGGCAUGAUGAUCUAUUGGGAUACACGGGGCUUGUUAUGGGGAUAGAUUUAUUAUGCGAUGGGAGAUGUGUGAAUGUAAAACGAGUAUGACUUGAUCGGAAUGGAAGAUGAUGGGACGAAUUGGACGAUGGGUCGGGAACGGGAUGGAUGAAUUAGAUGAUAAUGUAUUUUUUCCCUUCCUCUGCUCCAGGGAGAGGAAUGAAUGAAGAGAACUCUUUUCUGGUGCUUCAUGA